AUGACAUUCGCCUCUAAAAACAUCGCCGACGACAGCAGAUGGAAGAGCGAGCAGCCAAAAUGUGGAAAAACCUCGAGAACGUCGCCAAUGAUCUCGUCGCUGCCGACACCGAGGGAAAGGAAGAAGGAGAAAAAACUAUUACAAAGGCAUCGUCUGUCAGAAGACGCAACUAGUGCAAUCAUAAUGGGACGGCGGGUAUCACAACGAAGGUCGCUUGACAAGGCACUACUGCGGACAAUUCUCAAUGCA